GAAAGGGUUAUUUCCAUGAUGAUUGUGUUUGAGAGAACAUGCUUAUUAAUUUAUUUGCAUUAACCAAUGUUUGUCUGAUAUAACAUGUUAACACUACAUGUAGUCUUCAAGUUGACAUGGUUCAUUGUCCAUUUUGUUUCAACUGAAGCUAGACAUUUAGUAACAGAAUAUUAUUAUUCAGCGGACAACAAAUUCUGCAAUAGGUGUAGCCCAGGAACAUACUGGAUUGCUGAUUGUAAAGAUAAUUUGUCAGAUGCAAAAUGUUUACCGUGCUCGUCAGGAUCAUUUCAAUCGACUUUGAACAUAGCCCACCGAUGUGAACAGUGUUCUGUAUGUGAGAAUAUAGUGAAAAAUUAUCAGUUAGCCAGAACGUUAAUGGACUGUACAGCUGUCACAAAUACAAAAUGCGCAUGCCAAGACGGAUAUUAUUUAAAAAAGGUGUAUGGUAGUGCCAACGAGUGGAUGUGCAAGACCAUUUCUGUUUGUGAUCCAGGUUAUGAAGUAAUUCAUCCAGCUUCCCAUUUUACAGACACCGUUUGUCAGGAAUGUCGGAGAGGUUAUUUCAAAGAAUCGUCGUCUACCGUAGCUUGUAGAUUGUGCUCAGUUGAUUGUCGGAAUGGCACCCAUCUUAUCUCCCCUUGUAAUACAACUCAUGACGCAGUAUGCUCCAAAAUAGAAGAAAGUGCAAAUGACGGAGUUUUUAUAAAUACAGACAAUGACGCUGAAAUCGUCAUUUUGACAACAUGUUCAAUUAUUGGUGGAAUAUGCGUUGUUUUAACUGUCCUCUGGUUUGUACGGAUUUUUCGGAAAAGAAGAAUUAAAAAAGAAACAAAUCCAGAGCGUACUAGUUCGACUUACGUCGAUGGACCUAUAGACGACGAUAUUACAUUGAAUGAAAAUGACUGGAUACAAGCCUACAGAUCAACUGAAGAAGGUGAAUAUAAUUGGACAGGACUUUUUCAUGAGUGCACAUCAAAACCUGAGAUAAUUUACCAUUGGGAACACUUUAUUAGGAUAUUAUGCAUUAAAUCUAGGCAAAGCUCCAAGGCAGAUCAAAUCAUAGCAGAAAUAACCAGUGGAUAUGAGCAGAAAAGAGUAAAGGACAGAAUAUACAACGCACUAUGCUUAUGGAAGGGAAAAUGUUAUUCAGUUGGUGAUGAAUAUAUGGUUACAGUAUUUACUGACAGCUUCUAUAAACACCAAGAAGAAUAUAAUCAAACACGUUCGUGAUACGUGCAAGUGUGUUGAUUAUAAAGCGUUGUGAUAUUUUAACAUGAAGAUUUGAAAUUAACAGUCAACAUUAGGUAUUAAUAUUUGAAAAUACAUGUCGUCAAUUGUUUAUUAUAUUGAUAAAGGAAUAAGAGGAUAAAAUUUUGACAAUUUAGUGCUGAGAUUCAGUGAUAUAACUGACCAACAAUAAGCAUGUUACACAUAGUUGUUUUUGCAAAAUUGAAUAAACUGUAACUUCAGAAAUUAUUGCGAGGUUUUUCAUUAACGCGAGUAAUGCGACUGGGUGAGUAUCGCAAUCAUAAGAACUCGCUAUCUAAUAUCUGGGUUUUUUUCAGUUUUUCGUCAAAUGAGAGAAGAAUUUAUUUAACCACUUACACAAAUUUGUUAGACAAAAUUAAAAAUUAUAAAUUACUGAUAUAUGAGGGACUAAAGUCUUGUGAAUAUCAUAAAGCGUGUAAGAUAAGAUAUUUUUUAUUAAUCGAAUUCAAAGAUCAAAAAGGUGACCUAAGCGUGCCUUCUGUUUUAAUUUUAACUUUGAAUAUUCAUGAUCGAGUGUUGAUAUAAGUCUAUUAUGCACUUCACAAAUAUUUAUACGGCAUGAUCGUUUACAUAUUUUUAUUACAUCUGAAUACACGACCACGAUAGUUUCUAUCCGCAAGCUUUUGUGGCGUUAAACAUUUAAUUGUUUCGUGAUUUGUCUUUUAUGUUUGUCAUUAGAUGUUUUUUUUAUUAUUAAUAUGCACUUCACAAAUAUUUAUACGGAAUGAUCGUUUACAUAUUUUCAUUAAAUCUGAAUACACGACUACGAUAGUUUCUAUCCGCAAGCUUUUGUGGCGUUAAACAUUUAAUUGGUUCGUGAUUUGUCUUUUAUUUUUGUCAUUAGAUGCUUUAUUUAUUAUUAAUAUGCAUUUCACAAAUAUUUAUACGACAUGAUCGUUUACAUAUUUUUAUUAAUUCUAAAUACACGACUACGAUAGUUUCUAUCCGCAAGCUUUUGUGGCGUUAAACAUUUAAUUGUUUCGUGAGUUGUCUUUUAUUUUUGUCAUUUUUGUCAUUAGAUGUUUUAUUUAUUAUAAAUAUGCACUUCACAAUUAUUUAUCCGGCAUGAUCGUUUACAUAUUUUUAUUAAAUUUGUAUACACGACUACGAUAGUUUCUAUCCGCAAGCUUUUGUGGCGUUAAACAUUUAAUUGUUUCGUAAUUUGUCUUUUAUUUUUGUCAUUAGAUGUUUUAUUUAUUAUUAAUAUGCACUUCACAAUUAUUUAUACGGCAUGAUCGUUAACAUAUUUUUAUUAAAUCUGAAUACACGACUACGAUAGUUUCUAUCCGUAAGCUUUUGUGGCGUUAAUUAUUUAACUGUUUCGUAAUUUGUCUUUUAUUUUUGUCAUUAGAUGUUUUAUUUAUUUUUAGUUUUCUAUCAUACCUUGUCUUUCAUGUAUUGUUGAUAAAUUAUUUCCAUUGAUCAUAAUAAAGUAAAGUAAAAUUGUUUAUAUGAAAAAUGCAAGA